AUGAAGCCUCCCAAUGCCUACAAUCUAUCAGUAUUCCCAUACUCUCUCGAUGCCGAAGAUGGGGGCAAUCCAACCACCAUCUUCCUCCACGCCGACGAGAUGAGCUCAGAGCAGAUGCAAUCCCUUACCAAAGAGAGCGGCCAUGAGUGUGGGUUCGUUCUAUCUCGAAAUACUGGCGAUAAACCUCAAUCCGACUUCUCAAUGAGAUAUUGGGUGCCGAACCACGAAAUGGAAAUGUGCGGCCAUGCAACAGUCGGCGCUGUCUGGAUUAUGAACAAGCUCGGGCUACUACCGCCGACAGAAAGUGUCUCUAUCUCGACCAAGUCCGGGAUAGUCGAAGCGCGAGUCGAUCGUGAAGAGCUUGGACCACGAAUUUUUGUGUCUCAGCCCGCUGGCUCUGUGGAAGAUAUUGCCCAUGCGCAUGCACUCGAAAUUAUGUCCUGUUUGGAUAUCACUUUGGAUGACCUUGCGCCAGGCUUCAAGAUCCGGAAUGCUUGCACUUCUCGAACAAAAACAUUGAUUCCUUUGAAAGGUCGAGAUGUUCUCAACAAGCUGAGCCCUGAUUCUCAGUCAGUUGGUGAGAUAUGUGAGAAGAUUAACUCUACGGGUUUCUAUCCUUAUGCCGUUACCAAUGCGGACGACCAAAUCGUUGAGGCACGGCAAUUCCCUAAAUCUGCCGGUUACGCCGAGGAUCCGGCGACUGGUGUGGCAGCAGCGGCAUUAUCUUUUGGCCUCCUAGAACAUGGAAUUCUGUCAGUUGAUACAAGCAAGUCUCUUUUUGUGAGACAGGGAUGGAGGAUGGGAAAGCCAUCUGAGAUUCAGGUUCAGUUCAGACUGCAGGAGGACAAAAUUGAGGGAUGCUGGAUUUCUGGGCAAGUCAGACAAAUUGUUGCCAAUGAUAAGGACACAGAAUAA